GAGGUCCUCGCGGACCAGGUGGCAGCAGUGGGGGUCCCGGAAUGAAGAUGCCAUGAUCUUCACUUUUGGUAAGCUAUCACGAGAAGAAGUAAGUAACCGCAUUAGGCUUGUUCUCAUUUCGUGAUGGUAUUGAAUUGACAAUAUUGCCAUUCCAAAAGAUGCACAAAGAUCCCAUGCUGGCCUUAUAACAAACUAAUGUGUACCCAUGAUGUUCUCUCCCUCAUCAGUUCGAAUUUGAAAGAUAUACUUCUACUUGACAUUUGUUAAGUACGUACUGAGGCGAACUGCGUUUUGCUCGCAAAUGCGCAUUUUAGAUACACGCAUGGACUUUCGGUGGGGAAGCUUUUCUGUGAAAGUUAUUGAGAAGGCGGACCGUAGCACCAUUCCAGAUGUUUUUAUACAUGCACUCAGCCAUUUGUAUAGCUUUGUGCAGAUGUUGAUCUUCAGGCGUAGUAGUCGACUGCGUUCUAGUUUUUAGUUUCGAUCCCCCCCACCUUUUCUACCAGUUGGUUAUCAGGAGAAUCUUAAACAUAUAGUCUGAUUUCCAUAAGAGCGAAG